AUGCUCUCUCCCGCGAAUAUUCACAAGUGCACAUCACCUCAGCUCCACCUCGAAUUCGGAACCCAAACAGGAGGAAAGCACGCAAUCAGACCCUGCCCACGCUCUACUUUUCACACCCUCCUCUCCAGCCCCAUCCGUUUCACUCUCUCCGGCAAGCAAAGAUUCGUCGCACUCUAUGCCAUUGUCAAUAGCGGAGCACUGGAGAGUUUCAAGGAUGAUAUUAUUCAUAUCCCUCUGCCACCUUCCCUAACUCUUCACACAAUCUACCCACUCAUAUAUUCCCCGCUCACGUUGCUCGUCGGCGCCACUACGAAACGGAACCUCGCUGGCACAAAACCCAAGAGAAGACUAUGGACCGAAGCGGGGAUUGCAUUAUUAACAGAGCAGGAGUAG